GUCGUCCCUUUCGUCUGCCGCGAUUCGCCAUAUUGGACGGGCAAGUUUUGAUCGAGUUGUUGGUACCUACGUGACUUUAACAAAGCGAGAUGUUCCGAUCGGGUUUGGCUCGCACCGCUUCUUUUGCCCGCAAUUUGGCAGUACCCAACAAUUGCAAAUGCAUUGCCGGUGUACGCUUUAUGUCUAAGCACUCCACCGAGUCAGACGUUGAAUUCGAUGCCCGCUAUGAAGCUUUCUUCAACCGCAAAGACAUUGAUGGCUGGGAAUGCAGAAAGGCCAUGAACGAUUUGAGCGGUAUGGAUCUUGUUCCUGAGCCCAAAAUUAUCAUUGCUGCCCUCAAUGCCUGCCGUAGGCUCAAUGAUUAUUCUCUAGCUGUCAGGUUCUUGGAAACUGUUAAGGACAAAUGUGGAAAUAAAAAAGAAAUUUAUCCAUACAUUCUGCAGGAAAUCCGCCCAACUUUGGACCAGUUGGGAUUGAACACCCCUGAAGAGUUGGGUUAUGACAAACCUGAAUUGGCACUGAAAUCAGUGUAUGAUAUAUGAAGUGCUACUAUAAAGUCCAUCAAUGUGAGACCUCCAUAAGUUGGUUUAGUCCAGCAUUUAGUGAAAUGUAUGAACCUGAGAUUUAUUGGUGUCAUUAAAUGUACAGAAUGGAAUAACAUUACACACCUAUCUCGAA